AUGGAAAGCCUGCUUUUAUCUCAUUCUGCCUUCAUCCCUUCUCAAAAUAAAGAAGUGGGUUACCUUGGUAGGAAAUUGCAAAGCUCAUUCUAUGGCAACAUGGUGUCCAACAAUUUUGCUUUGAGAAGUAAUAUCAACAGUGCUAACAGAAGUGUGAUGAUCUCCUCUGUGUUUGGAAUUGGAAGGAAAGUGAAGAAAGUCAAGAAAGAGACUGUGAUACCUGAACCUGACUACAGGAUUCCAAUUGUCCUUCUUGGUUGGUCUGGAGGCUUGAUCUAUGCAGAUAAUCUAGCAGCCGCAGUUCCUAUAGGUCUACUUGGAUUACUCCUGUUAGUUCAGACAACUAGAGUGAGGUUUGUCUUUGAUGAUGAGGCACUGGAAGUUAAAGUAGGAGAGCAGCUUGAGGAGUCCGGUGAAAAUGUUUUUGUUGGUGGAAAAAACCGUUGGAAGUAUUCGAGUUUCGUGAACUGGGAGCUCUGGUGGCCGAAUUUUCCAAUUCUUGUUUAUUUUAAGGAGACACAAACGAGGCCGGAGGGACAAGUGCACUUCUUCCCUGUCAUUUUCAAUGGAAAGCAGCUAUAUGACGUUAUGGUGGAACGAUGUGGCCCUUCAAAAACCAGUGCGCCAAAAGAGUCCUAA